AUGGACAGAAUCAACCAGUCCAGUGUCACUGAAUUCCUCCUCUUGGGUCUUUCUGAGAGGCCAGAGCAGCAGCCUCUCCUAUUUGCUAUCUUUGUGGGCAUGUACCUGGUCACUGUCAUGGGGAACCUGCUCAUCAUCCUGGCCAUUGGCUUUGACCCACACCUCCACAAGCCCAUGUACUUCUUCCUGGCCAACCUCUCUUUUGCUGAUGCCUGCUUUUCUUCCACCACAAUCCCCAAGAUGCUGGUGAACAUCCAGAGACAAAGUCAGACCAUCCCAUAUGGAGGGUGUUUGGCCCAGAUGCACUUCUUCAUGACAUUUGGAGCGCUGGACGACUUCCUCUUGGGGGUGAUGGCCUAUGACCGCUAUGUGGCCAUCUGCAGGCCUCUUCACUACUCCACGCUCAUGAGGCCCCUGGCGUGUGUGCUCCUUCUGGUGGCAUGCUGGCUUCUCACCAACCUUGCUGCUCUCCUGCACACUCUGCUUAUGGCUAGGCUUUCUUUCUGUGCAGGCAACAGCAUCCAUCACUUCUUCUGUGAUGUGGUCCCUCUGCUGCAAUUAUCUUGCUCAGACACCAGCACCAACCAGGUAGCCCUAUUCACCGUGGGCUCCAUGAUCCUCACUGGUCCUCUCUCUCUGAUCAUUUUGUCAUAUGCACACAUCAUCUCCACCAUCCUCGGGUCCCCAUCUGCCGCUGGGAGGCAGAAGGCCUUCUCUACUUGUGGGUCCAACCUCACUGUUGUCUUCCUGUUUUAUGGCACAGCAAUUGUUGUCUAUCUGUUUCCCCUUCAUCUCACAUCUGGGGGUAAGGACAGGGUUGCAGCUGUAUUUUACACUGUUGUGACUCCUCUGCUGAACCCCUUCAUUUAUAGCCUCAGGAACAGCGAUAUGAAGGCUGCACUGAGAAACCUUUUUGGAAUUCAUACAUUGUCUUCUCAGGGACUUUGA